CCUUGUCUGUAUCGUGGAACACAGGUCAACACCACAUCCACACUGAUUCCUAUCCUAUCAGCAUUGCAAGUCCCGACUGCAACUCCCUGCGUCUACACUACCCGAUCUCCUCCUCCAGCAUUGGGCCCUCGUCGGCCUCGAGUCUUGCCACUCGCCUCGCCUCGCCUCUUCUCUUCAUCCGCCAUGCGCAUACAUCGCGCUCACGAUGGCAGAACAAUCGAUGUUCAGCAGCCCCUCUCCAAUUUUGGCUCCGUCGAUGAGCUCCUCGACUCACUUUCCCUCGCAACCGCCAUCCCCGCAGAUGGUAUCAUUUGCAUGUCCGCAGACGGGGUCCAACUCUCAGACGAUCUCCUCGCAACCCUCUCGGCUCAAGCAACAGAUUCGUCCUCGUCACACCUCGUCGACUUCUUCGUCUUCAGCAGAGACUUCCUCUACGCAGAUGUCGAUUCCAUUGCUCAGGAGCUCGCAGAGAGCCCCAACUUAGCCAGGCCGGUCGAGGCUAUCGACAUCGUUCGCCCGCCUACGCCGCGAUCACUCGAGGCCCUCGUCGCUUGGACUCAUCAGGUGCUCGAGGCGAUCCACAGUCAUGCUUCGACGUCUCGCAGCCAUCAUGAAGCUCUCUGUACCAUUCAGCGCAGCACAUCCGUUGCUCUCCUCAACCUCAUCUCCCACUCUGGGACAGUGCAGACCAAUGGCCUCUCCAUGAAGGAGAGGAACAACGCAGAGCUCAGCCGGAUGGCCAGGCUCCUUGAAGGCUACCAGCGCGACUUUGAGAUUCUCGGGCUCGUACAGGUCCAUCCCCGCCUUGCCACCAGUGGCAAUAGCGGUGGUAGCAGCAAUAGCGGCAGCAGAGAUAGCUCCACGCCCAAUCCUGCCAGCACCAAUGGCUCCAUGCCUUCAUCUUCCAAACGCACGCUGGCAGACUAUGUCAGCAGAGUCAAGAUGGGAGCUGUCGCCGACGCCUGCUUCAAGGUCCAUUCUGAGCUGCGCGCCCGUCUCGAUGAGCUCCAGGGCAAUGCAGAUCAGCUUGACGCAGAUACUUUGGACGUGCGGCAUGACAUCGAAGGCUUCAGCAUAGCACCCUCGACGGAAACAUCAGACGAGGCUAUACAUACACAAGAAAGGGCGGAGGACCUCGCAGCCUUCCUCGUCGAUACCUGCGCUCCAGACGACAAUGGCUGGCCAGUCGCAGACAAGCUGCAGGGCGACGCUCUCGGUCAAGUGGAGUCAGCCGUCGAACAGCUUAAGGCAUUGGAUCAAGCAUCAAGGGAGCAGGUUCGCCGCCUCACAGCGGACAAGAACGAUGUCAUCGCUCGUAGUCUCGCUCACUUGGGCGACAUCAGUAGCCUACAAUCCGACUAUGCCGACCUCGCUGCUAGCAUGGCCGCCUUUCAGGGCGAGCUCACCUCCAAUCGCGUCGAUGGGUUUCGCCACCUGCAGAGGUUGAGCAAUAUGCUUUGGGCGUAUGGAGCGACUGUUGUCGAGACUGUACGGCGAAGGGAGUUCAGCCGCCACUUCUUGACAAAAAGUCAGGCCCUCGCGGAGCUCAUGGCCAAGGUCUCAGCGAGAGAGCGUAAGCGCAGAGGCAAAUACCGCACAGAUGUGGCGGGCCAGCUGCCGUGGGAGGUCAAGGGCAUGGACGAGGCGCCGCCUAGUCUGGAGAUCUCAACGACCAAGAGCACUGGCCUCACGCCUGAGCUGGAACGAGCCGACAUUGACAGCUUAGUGCAACUCAUCGAGGAGAUCGAGACGACACUCGCCAAGGCGGAUCAGAUCAGCGGUACAUCAUCAGAGGCUGCGCAUCUGACACAGGUCAAGGAGGCCUUGCGCCAGCUUGUUCGUCGCUUGGACAUGAUGGAUGAAGAGUUUGCUGUCCUUGUCGAAGAUGAUCUUCUUGGCGAGCGAGUUGAGGAUGACGAUGAAGACGCAGGAAGCGGGCACAGCGAUACUAGCCUGGCGAUGACAAAGCGCCGAGCUCGUGAGCGGACCGGUACCCUGGAGUACGAGCGCAAAGAGAAGGAGCGCCUCCAACGUGAAGUGCAAGAGCUGAUUCACCAAAUGAACCAACGUGAGAAGGCCGACCUUGACCGCCAUCAAGUCGAGCUCUCCACCUUGCGCACCGAAUCCUGCUCUGCACGGAACGAGUCCCGCCGUCUACGCGAACAGCUUGACAAGGAGCGUCACGAGGCCGCAACCGCGCGUGCUGAGCUCGAGGCUUUGCGCAGCGACAUUGAGACGGAAAGAGAGAGGCGCAUCAACAUGUCUGAUGAGUUGAUAAACCUUCGCAAGGAGGCUCAAGCCGCAAGAAAGGAUAGCGAGCAGCUUCGUCGCGAAGCUCUGGAAGAGAGUGAGCGAGCCGCCGAUCUUGAGACGCAGCUGCACGAUGCUCAAGCCGAGCUCGAGGAGGCGCGCUCUGCUCGUCAAGACGCCAGCCACCGUAUAGAGAAUUUGCUCAGCGAAGGCAGCAACGUCGAGCGCGAGCUCUCUGCUGCCACGGAGCGGAUCGAGGAUUUGCAGCAGCAGCUCGAGGUCGCCCGUCAUGAAGUGCGAGAAGCACGAGAAGCUCAUGCAGAGGCAGAGACGGCCAGAGAGAGGGCCGUCAGAUCCUACCGCGCUGAGGCGGAUAGUGAUCGUGCGAUCCUCGAGGAGUCGCUGCGCGAGCGUGAGGCGGAGGUGGCUACUGCUCGAUACGAGCUUGAGAGGGUGAAAGAGAGCACAAGGGUCGAGAUGGAAGCUGCGCAGACGCUGCGUAGCCAGCUGAGGGGCGCAGAUGAAGCGCACGAGGAGCUUGUAAAGACGAUGGAAGCGGCGAAGGAUGGGUGCGCCGAAGCUGAGUUUGGCAAGAGGCAUGCAGAGAGGGAGAGGGAGCAGCUGCACGAACUUGUCAAGCCGCUCCUGCAGGCCUUCAUUGAGCUUGAAGAGCAUGUGCAGGGCUUGCCUGCUCUGUCUUCUUCAAGGACUCCGUCCACCUCUGCAGCCGACAGGAACGGCGAUGCCACCAACGAAGCCGCACCAAGCAGUGCCAUCAAGGAAGAGACUAAUGCACUGCGUCGUACUGCUCUCGUCAGCUUCGCCUCAUCCGCUACUUCGAGCAAGCCCGUCGACCCCGAAGUCACGCUCUCCGCUCUUCGCCUGUUGAGCCCACACAGUACCUCAGACACCGUCAAACAAAAGCUCACCCUCUUGGUCACCCUCGUCCGCAAAUGGCAAAAGACCUUCAAGCGUCACUCGCAAGAAGCCUCCACACGUCUCAGCCUCGCCACUCGGGAACGCAUCGCAUUCCGCAAUUUUGCCGUCGGUGACUUGGCGCUCUUCCUCCCUUCAAGGAACAACGUCCUCGACCCAAAACCCUGGGCGGCAUUUAAUGUGGCCUGCCCGCAUUUCUUUCUCAAUGCGCCGCAGGGCAGCGUGCUUGCUGAACAGCUACGACAGAAGGAGUGGAUCGUCGCGAGGAUUGUGGGCAUGGUAGAGAGGACGACCAGCGGACAGCAAGGAGGUGAGGGGAACCCAUUCCAGCUGCCAGAGGGGACGAAGUACUGCUUGCUAGAUGUGGAUGGGUGGAACCCGAACAGUGGCAUCGCUGCGACGAGGCCAAGUAAGAGCAGGCAGGUGUCGACUAGGAGUGCGAAAGGCGCUGCUGGCGCGCUGGCUGAUGUGCCGGAGCAGGACUCUGGGGCGGGCAGGCGGGAGUCGAGCUCCGGAGAUGCUUCUCUGCCUGACACGCCUGCUGCUGAAAAGCCUGCGGAUCUCGCGCCACUGACGAGCAUGGUAGACGCACCAGCCAUUGAAGCCCCCUUGGAGACGCCGAGCCUCACCUCUCCCGAGGCAGUGCUGGCAGCGACGGUGCCGACGUCAACCAAUUCAGAGGCGCCCGCCGUGCGAGGCAGGCAGGAGAUCACCGCCAGGCCGCUAGACACCUCCGCCUCUUCCUCUCCUUCCGCCCUUACUCGCGCCAUCCUGGCCUCACGCUCCAACUCACUCUCGCGGCCCGGUUCAGUCAUCGUCCAUCCGGCCCCGACGGAUGAGAACAAUCUGACGUCAAGCACCUCUACAGCUCCGGCUACAUCGACUGGCGCUCCGCGAGAAACUUCUAAAGGAGCCAUCUCUCGCAGCGCGACCGAAGCGAGUAACCUCGGCCAUCGUGGCGAGGGCAGCAUGACGAGUAGUGGCGGCGGCAGCGUGACAGCGAGUCGCAACAUCCCCAACCCGGCUUUCGGGGUCCGCUCAUCUCGUCGACGAGGCCUGCUUCGCACGCCCAGCGGCCAGAUAGCGAGCGCGGCCACUUCUCCAGGUGGGACAGUGGGCGUGUCAUCUUUGGGUGGAGCUGCGAGGGCCUUGUCGGCCUCUGCUGGUGGAAGAGUGGCGGAUCUCGCCUUCGAGAGCAUGGGCAACCCCUUUUCGCAGAGUCCAGGAGCCGCCCAGCUGGGCAGCUCCAUGCCGAAAGGGAUGGCUGCAGCACAAGGUGCUGCAGCGGCUUCCAGCCCACCUGAUGGUAAGCCGGCCAACGGCAACGAUGCUGCACCGUCGAGUCCUUCUGCCACCGCUGUGGGCAAACGGCGCGCCCCUUCCAGCGGAACGUCAACCUCUCCAGCAGGGAGUAGCGGCUUCGCCUUCACGCGCCCCUCAGGUAGCGGGACUGGACGACCGGCCAGCUCCUUCUCGCCCUCGAAUGCCUCCGGCUCAGUCAUCAGCCUCGCCGCCACACCCAUGCCGUCCCUGGCCGCGGCCGACUUGACCUCCGCGCUGGGCGAGACUAGCAAGCAUUCUCGGGCAAGCAGCAGUGGCAUGGGCCAGGCAGCAGCGUCAUCUUCGAGCUUCAGCGCCGGUAGUGGCGAGCGCGCUGGCGGGUCGGGCUUCUCGACUUCAACCAUGGCCGGCGGUGCUGAACAGUCGACCUCCCCUAAUAAAAGUUCAACAAUGCCUCGCUCCCCCUCUUUCCUGUCGCGGACCUUUGGAAGGAAGAUGAGCAGCGGCGCUGCAGGGACUAGCUCGUUGGCGUCCAGGAGAACGCCAGUGCAGUCCAUUUUCCCUGGUACGUCGCAGCAGCAAGGUCAGAUUGGCGGGAGUGGCGGAGAGGGGACCUCGCCUGCUUCAGCUAGCCAGCUGUUGAGAAGGCUGAGUGAAAGGCAAGGGGGAUCGCCGCCUUGAGUAAGCGUUGAAAUAGUGAUAUAGAUACAUGUCGGGGAGGAUCAGCAACGCUACGGCACAGUGAGUAGCUAGAUGCAAUGCUAAGGCUCCCAGCCACUACUGCCAUCUCCGUCGGUCGCACGUCUGAUCCUCGCGCGUUAGGAAGCUGUUACAAUUCCCAGCUGUCCAAGUCUUGUAAUUGCUCUACGUGUGCUACAGUAUUAUCGAGGCACUGUCAUCAUGGUCGUGGUCAU